CCGUCCACUCCUGCCGUUGACCUCCUAGUCGGAGACGCUGGGGAUUGGUUCCCAGAGGACACGCUAAGAAGACUGGAGGUGGUCCCGCCCUCCUCACGCUCCGUGGAGAGGGAGCUCCACUGAUUGGUCCGAGGAGUCUGGGCGCGCGCCGAGCGGCGCUCCAGGAUUGGCUGAGAGGGUGCGCGCGCCGCCAGGGAGCGUUGGCGGUGAUUGGUCAGAGGGCGGAGGCCGCCUAUUUGAAGGCGGCGCGCGUACGAGGUGCGCACUUCUGUCUGCGGAGAGAAGAGACUGGAGCGGACUCUGUCAACACUACCCCGUUGAUCACGCCACCGGACCCAGACGCGGCCUCGGUCACAGCCCCUGCCCCUUCCCCUGUCCCUGUCCCUGCUGCGGCGCGGUGAGGCGAGGCGAUGGCCAAGGUGUCCGUGUUGAAUGUGGCGGUACUGGAGAACCCGAGCCCUUUCUACAGCCCCUUCCGGUUCGAGAUCAGCUUCGAGUGCAGUGAAGCCCUGGCGGACGACCUGGAGUGGAAGAUCAUUUAUGUUGGCUCAGCUGAGAGUGAGGAGUUUGAUCAGAUCCUAGACUCGGUGCUGGUAGGCCCUGUGCCAGCAGGGAGACACAUGUUUGUCUUUCAGGCUGACGCCCCCAACCCAUCCCUCAUCCCAGAGACUGAUGCUGUGGGUGUGACUGUGGUCCUCAUCACCUGCACCUACCACGGACAGGAGUUCAUCCGAGUGGGGUACUACGUCAACAAUGAGUACCUCAACCCCGAGCUGCGGGAGAACCCGCCCAUGAAGCCAGACUUCUCUCAGCUCCAGCGGAACAUCUUGGCCUCAAACCCCCGGGUGACCCGCUUCCAUAUCAACUGGGACAACAACACGGACAGGCUGGAGGCAAUAGAGAACCAGGACCCCUCCCUGGGCUGUGGUCUCCCACUCAGCUGCACUCCUAUCAAGGGCCUAGGCCUCCCUGGCUGCUGCAUCCCUGGCCUCCUCCCUGAGAACUCCAUGGACUGCAUCUAACUGCAGGAACCGAGAGUGUCCCACCACACCGGCAGGGGCCACCCAGGCCUCCCAGCGAGUCCUGCAGAGCCCAUCUAGAGGACUUUGGGGGCCAUCAGCUGCAUCCAGGCCUGUCAAACUUAGCCCCUAGGAAAGAACAGGCCUCAGGUCUUCCCCAGUCCUGGCUGAAAAGGACGAUCUCACUUCUGUAUAGGCUUAUAAGAAGCAGGUACUUCAGUUCUUAAUUCUUUCUGAUUUGUGUUCUUUUCGUCUUCCAUACACAUCAUCAAUUCUACCUGAGGCCACUGCGCCACUGUGCGCCCUUGAGUGCCACAGACCCAGAGCUUUUCCACAGACCUCCCUGGCCCGAGUAGGGACUUACCUACUCAGUCAGUGCCUGCCAAGUUUCUGGUCCUGCUGAGCCAAAGUCUCUGUCAUUCCUUUCUCUUCCCACACAUCUGAGCAGAGGCACUCUAGCCUUUAGUACCACAGGCAAGAAAUCUUGGUCAGUAGGUAGACUUGGAUCCCAUUUCCAUCCUGCUCCCAGGAAGAUUCUUGGGUCUUCAAUCCAGCAGCCCCUGGAAAACUCUAUUCCCAGAGGUAUGAUCAGCAGGAUGCCAAGGAACCAUGUUGCCUUUCCUGUCAAUCACAGCCACUUUCCUGUUAUCUCCUAAAGGGAUCUGGCUUUCCCUGGAGGCUGCCAUGGUUGGAAGAUGGUAUCAGAGGGCCCUGGCUGUGCAGUCUGUCUCCGGGUCAGCCCUCUGCCUCUAGCUGCCUUAAUUGCCCUCUGCUAAGACCAGGGUGAUUUGAAGCCAGGGAAGCAACUGGGACCCUGAAAAUCGUCCCACCCCAGCCCGCUCCCCCUCUCUGCCCUGGUCCCCUCUCUGCCAUGUGGAUGCUGUUGAGAUUGCUGUUUGUAUAUUAUUAAAAUGUUUUUAUAUUAAAAAAUAUUUGGUCAGUCUGAAAAUUUAAAGCACUUCGUUUAGAAUG